AAAUGCAACAACAUCAACGUGUUAUUUUACUAGGUACAACUUUAUCGUAAACGAUAAUUUCGUCGCAUUUAAAUGCAACAAAACAUUUAUUCAUUUACGAAAUAAUGAGGAUUGGUCAGGAUCAGUCAGGAUUGGUCAAGAGUGUCAACAAAGCCCAGUGGUUCAAUGGUUUGGUUUGUUUGGACUUUAAUAAAUAUCUCGCAGCUAAGCAUUAAGGUUAGAAAUAGUUAAAUGAAAAGCACGUAGGCCGUUUUUCAGCAUGGAAAAUUCUAACGAUAACAUAUGUUUACCACUACCGGUAACAAUUAGUAAUUGGUUCACCACUUAUAAGCAACGAGAGGACUAUCUCGUUAAUUUUUUAAAAAAUAUAUUACCUUCUUCUGAUGUCAAAGAUAUUGACGAGGAAUUACGGAAGUUAUUCCCACUUACAAAACGCAAGGGGAAAGUUACUAAUAAACCUGAAAAGUCAUCAUUAAUGGCUAUGAGGAAAUGUAUUCGUCUGUAUCUAAAUCAAACCAAAACUUAUAUACAAUAUAAACAAAUGGUGCCGUUAAAUUCCUUAUGGCUCGGUUAUAUGCAUCAUAUGCUUGGUAUAAAGAAUUUUACAAGUCUUCCUAUGAACUUUACCCAUUCUCAUUGGGAAAGUAUUAAUCAUCGUUUAAUCAAAGCUGAUUUUCAUGGUGCUAUAAUAACUAUUGUAAAAUCGAAGUGUCCAAGUACUAUUGGAAUUGAAGGGAUUAUUAUACAAGAUACAAAAAAUACAUUUAAAGUAUUGGGCAAAGAUAAUGUAAUCCGAGUAAUACCUAAAGCAUCGUGUAUUUUCCGUAUACAUUUAGAACAUAAUGUGUAUUUUGAUGUAUUUGGAAAGGAAUUGUGCAUACGUCCAACCGAGCGUUCUGUAAAGAAAUUUAAAAAUUUUCAAAUACCUGACCUUUAGUGGAAAAACUGCAUUAAUUUCAUGAAACAGGCUUUGAUUUUAUUUCACACUAUGUAUAUAUAUAUAUAUAGCAUUCAGCACACCCAUUACACACUCUAGAGCAAAAACAACGAAAUGCUUUCCAUGUUAUUUAAUUCUAUUUGUUUUCUCAGUCCAAUUAACAUAUAUAUCCGAGUCAUUUUAAUAUUUGUUCACAUUCCUUUAUUCAUCCUUCAUAUUUCGUUAAUACGAUUCAUGUUCAUACCAUUAUAUUAUGCAUAUCUACUAAUUACAUGUUAUAUCAAGUACCAGUAUAAUGUAUAAUAACAUAAUGUAUUUAUAAUAUAAUUAUUAAUCGUUUUUGCUCCUUUUUUGUAUUAUUUUCCCCACACGUUCUAU